AUGACGAACGGAAGGAAAUUUUGCUACCCUUUGAUUUGUUUGGUAAGAUUUGAAGGGUUUAAUCCAGCAAGGGAGUAUGGUGGGAUUUGCAUAUCCUCUUGGUUUCAUGUCCAUCAGCGGCUAUUUCAGCCCAAACAAAGAGUUUCACUGGCUGGCUUCUGCCCUUUUUGGUUUGCUUCUCUGCAAAAUUGUCUUAUUAGCCUUCAUAGCUUCAAGGAAUAUCAGAAAUUGAGCAAAGCAGAAAAAGUUGAAUGGAACAACCGGGGGUUCUCAACUGUUCAUGCUAUUGCUGUAGCGGUUGCAUCUUUUUACCUUAUACUCUUAUCAGAUACAUUUCAUGAGGGUUAUAGUGAUGAGCUGAUCGUUAGUAGACGAUCUACUUUUUCAGAUACAACAUUGGGGAUCUCCAUUGGUUAUUUUCUGGCAGACAUAGCAAUGAUUUUUUGGCAUUUUCCUGCUUUAGGUGGACUGGAGUAUGUUUUGCACCAUGGACUAUCUAUGUUCUCAAUCUUCCUUUCCCUUGUAAGUGGUGAAGGGCAGAUUUACAUACUAAUGGUUCUGUUCUCUGAGAGCACAACUCCUUUUGUAAACCUAAGAUGGUACUUGGAUAUUGCUGGUAAGAAGAACUCCAAGCUGUACGUCUGCAAUGGUGUAGCAUUGUUCCUGGGGUGGCUGGUUGCAAGGAUUCUUUUGUUCAUUUACUUUUUCGUCCACAUGUUUUUCCAUUUUCAUCAAGUCAAGACAAUUUUUCCGUUGGGAUUUUACAGCUUGCUCACGAUACCUCCUGUGUUGGCAAUCAUGAAUCUGUUUUGGUUUUGGAAGAUUGCCAAAGGUUUGAUCAAAACAGUUUCAAAGGGCACACAGAAGACCAUACACAGUCAGUGAUCCUAGCUAGUGAUUCAAAGAUGGGAAUUUGACUUACCCACUGUACAUUGUCAAAUGUAUGUCCUUUUCCCUCCUUGUUUCUUGAUCGAAAAUGAUAGGUGAAUAUAACAACCAAUAGAUGUGGAUAAUUGUUGUUAAUUUUUUCAUGGGUUUGCAAUCAGCAUUUGAGUGAUAUUUGAAUCUGAUGGUA